AUGGCCGCGGUCGCGCCGCCUUCGUCGAUACCACUCGACGUCUCGACUCCACCAUCGUCCACGUCGACCGCAUUUCAAGGGGAUACUGCCACCGGAACCAACUCCCCUACACCGACGGUGACCCACAUGAUUACGGCCGGCUCGACCACGAAGCAGGACCUUUCGCAGCCCGCGGAGCCGGCAGCAAGUGGAGGUGGCAACGAAGGCGGAGCAAAAGCAUGGAAGGACGCGGUGCACGUCGUGCCCAAGAACAAUCUAUGGAUCGUAUUUCCCGGGUAUGUGGGAUUACUCGACGUUUGCUCUCUUCGACGCUUCGACAUUCGAGUCACUACUGAUGCCUUUGGGUCUGCCGCCAUUCUCGACUGUUUAGGCUGAGUACGUGGGCAUGAUCUCGCUCUGGUUCGGCCGACGAACCGCGGCGCCGCUACCAGCGCCAAGGCCGGGGCAAGCACGCAACGGCCUCUGCGUGGGAGAAGGGAGCUCAAGUAUGGGGACUGACGCGUCUCGAGUGGCUUUCUGCGCACAGUGCUCACCGUAUUCUUGGCUGCCCUCGACCAGACAAUGUAAGUCGAUAGCUGCCGACGCGGUAGUCUUCCGGUUCUCCGGGGUCUAGGAGAUGCAGCGGCUCGGCCAAGAAACGAUUCUGACCACUCCUAGCAUCCUUAUUUCAAUCAACAGUGUGUCGACUGCGUUACCCACUAUCUCGAGAGAGCUUGGAGGCUCAUCCCUGGCCUAUGCAUGGGUCGGGACGGGUACGUCUUGUCUUGAACCCCCGCCGCGGGUCAAGAUCUGUAUUGACAAAGUUGCCCUCCACAUGACCUCAGCCUACUUCCUGACCUCGACAUCCUUGUCGCCAUUCUAUGCAAGUUGCGGCGGCUCUUUUCAUAAACUAGAUCUGGUCCUAUCAGCUCACACAAAGGGUCUCCUUUACAGGGCAAAGCGGCAGUAAUCUUUGGACGAAAAAUCGUGUUCUACACGGUCAUAGUCAUCUUCCUCUUUGGAUCUGCGAUGUGCGGGGCGGCACAAAACAUGACAUGGCUCUGCGUCUGUCGAGGCGUUCAGGGAGUGGGAGGAGGCGGUAUCAUACAGCUUACGCAGAUCUGCGUCGCCGAUAUCAUCCCGCUCCGUGAUCGGUCGAAAUAUUCGGGCUUCCUGGGCACGACGUGGGGGAUCGCGGCCGUCCUCGGUCCGCUCGUCGGUGGAAUUUUCACCGACACGGUGUCGUGGAGAUGGGUAUUCUUCAUUAACCUGCCAACAGGGGGCAUCGCAUUGCUUGUGCUCAUCUUUUACCUGAACCUCAACCCUCACAAGACGGCACCUAUCGCCGACCUCGUGCGGACCUUUGAUUUCCUCGGCCUGGGUCUCAUCGUCGGCGGCCUCAUCCUGUUGCUCGUCGGAUUUUCGUCUGGCGAAGUGUCAUGGAAGUCGGCACAGACGAUCGCGCUGCUCGUUGUCGGUGGAGUCAUGCUCUGUAUCGCCGGAUUCGUCGAAACCCAUACCAAACGGUCGCCUAUCAUCCCCGCGCGACUGUUCCAUACCCGCACUACGGCCGUCAUCCUCAUCUCGGCAUUCGCACAAGCUUACGUCUUCUUGGCGAUCAGCUUCUAUCUUCCCGUCUACUUCCAAAGUCGAGGCUCGAAUGCGCUCGAGAGUGGUCUGAGGUUGAUGCCGUUCUCGGUCCUCGGCGCGAUCAUUUCAAUCGGCAGCGGUUUCGUCAUCAACAAGACCGGCCGCGUCAAAGAGUCAAUCAUAUUUGGGUUCUUUAUCUUCACCAUCGGUACUGCCCUUCUUGCAACCCUGACAGAGACGUCAAAUCUGUGAGUGGGCGUCAGGAGGUCAGAGUCUGAAACCGCGCCAGUCAACUUUCAUUCACCAAUUUCCCCUUCCGCGUUUGUAGAGGAAAGCAAAUUGGAUACCAACUCAUUGCAGCUUGUGGAGUCGGGUUCUUAUUUCAAAGCGCGUACACAGGUGGUCAGUUGAGCCGGUAAAUGAUAUAGAAGACGGUGGGUGCAUCGCUGACGCUUAUUCGUGCGGGUUCUUCUACUCUAGUGCAAGCGUCGGUAGCCAUCGAGGACAUGCCGACAGCAACCUCGACGGUUGGACUUAUUCGGUCUCUUGGCGGCACGGUCGGCAUCUCCGUCAGUGGUGCACUGUACGCCUCACAACUGCGGUCACGAUUGGCGGCGAUCCCGAACUACACCGGCACCUCCGCAAGCCAAGGCGACCUUUCUUCGCUCGCCUUUAUUGAGCCCCCGGAGCUGAAAGCUCAGGUGCUUCAUGCUUACGCCAGGGCUAUUAACAGUCCCUGGAUCGUCGGUGCCCCUUUGCUUUUUGUGAGGCGCUUGCAUUAGGCUUCGCACGUGCUCUCAUAAUUUAGUAGCUGACCCUCCUACUUUGAAUACUGCGUCCCCCAGAUAUCUACCAUUCUCGUCUGCUUCCAAAAGCACUAUUCGCUUGAACGAAAGUCGGUCAGCGGAAACGGGAAAAAGACCAGAAUCGAAGAGGACGCUGAGAAAGUGGCGGAGAGUACUACCACGAAGAGUGACGGGGUAGUUGACGGAAAAUCACUGUCUGCCUCUCCGAUACCAUCGGAGGAAGAGGUCCGAGAUGGUUCUCGGAAGGCGGCGCGGGGUGAGAAGAACGUAUAA